UCGUCUCCCUUCCACAAUCCGUUCGACAUCUCGUCGUAUCCCAUCACAAACCCCCCUCUCUUGGACUCCACCAUGAUGAUUCCCUACUACUCCAGCGAUGGGGUCCCGCGAAGACGUAGAAUAUCCAUUUCCAACGGCCAGAUAGGCCAGAUAAUCAACCACGAGGCGUUGUUCGAGAGCGAGCUCAUGGGCUUCGACGACCCAGCGUAUCCCUACCAUCCCAGCCAAGGCCAGCCACAUUCUACAGGAACACCUGUCAACGAACGCGAUAGUGCCAGAGAGGCCGAUUCCUCCAUCACCGACGCAGCAGGAGUGCCUCCUCCCAACCACCAAUUGAUCUACAACAACGAGGUGAUAUACAACCCAAACAACGGCCCUAUACCUGGAACCGCAGCAUGGAAGAAGGAGCGUUUGCUAGAGAGAAAUAGAAUAGCAGCCUCCAAGUGUCGUCAGAGGAAGAAGCAGGCCCAGUUGCAAUUGCAGAACAACGUCACCAAGUACGAGCAGCGGCUCGUGGAAGCGCAGCGCAAAUUGGGCAAUUGCGAGAAGUUAAUUGCAUUAAUGAAUAGCCACAUCGACGAGUACUUCACCAAA